GUGCUUUUUUUUUAUGAUGAAUCAAGUUGCUUUGGUGAAAGAUCAAAUACUUAGUCAGGGAGCCAACCACUUUGUGAUUCUCUCCAUGACAGGGGAAGUUUUAGAACACGGGGGCGACUUUGACAACCCGCUAAAGCAACGUUUAGCCCACACGAUUGUUCAAAAAUGCGCUCAUCUUCUGCAGCCCGGUGAGUCUUUUAAACGCGUCAGCAUGACGAUGGAGGAGGUUGUUUAUACGGCGACGACUGUGGACGACGGCCAUGGGGGAACCCUCGGCAUUCUCGUGAAGCGCCCUGCAAACGUGGCGUUGGCUGCCGAUCCAUGAGAGUUGGAAAUAAAUACACAACAGAGUAAAGAAAGGGUUUUUGUCUAGGGAAAGUGUAUUAUUCACAAUAAAUGAUCCCCAUAACAAUAUCUCUCUAUAUUGAAUUAUGAGGUUAUCUAUCUUAACUACCUUGUGCUGUUGAUACAAGAUGUUCAA